CAUGUUUCUUUCUCGCUUCCAUCAUUACAUGAUCUGACCCUCCCUCUCCGGCAUCUGCCAUCUCGACCCACAAUCUGUGCCUGAGCCCACUCUCUCCGCCGUCCCCUCCACGGAGCAGUUUGAUAAUACCUCAAUAAGAACGUCAAAGCCAUUGGACAACUCCGCUUGUCCACCAGGUGAGCAGACCACUGACCCUUUCACGCGACCAAAUGCCGAGUCGCGCAUGAAAGGUGAGGUGAGCAGAGUAAUAAACAAAUAGUGGUGCAGGUGACGUUCCACUGUCAGGUAGGUUGCUCGACAUCUUUUUUCUCACUCAUUUUCUCCCACGUUUGCAUGUACACUUAUACCCGAUGGUGUCGUUACGCUACAUCUCGUUGUUACCCCAUACCACUCGCAACAUUGACUUACUCGUCAAGAUGUCGACCCUCUCCCUCAGUACCGCGAGUAUCAGUGCCUUUUCGUCCAGAGCUCCCUCUGCGCAAUCAAUGGCUACUGCUGCACGGCCUCAGACUUUCAGUCGAAUGACCUCCUACUCCCACGAUCUAACCACCGAACCAGUCGUCAUUGUUGGAUCAGGACUCGCUGCUCUCUCCGCCGCCAGCGAGCUCGUCUCCCACAACAUUCCCGUUCACAUUAUCGAACGUCAAGCUCAUCUUGGCGGAAACAGUAUCAAGGCCUCCAGUGGCAUCAACGGCGUUCCUACUCGAUUUCAACCCACAGGCCGCUCAGGCGAAAAGACUGAUUCGAUCAGUGCCUUUUAUAAUGACACCACCAAUUCCGUGGGUCCAGAACUCUUGCACAAGUCCUUCUACGAACAAAGAGACGACUUGAUUGCUACAUUGACCACCAGCUCCGCCAGCGCCAUCACUUGGCUCACCGACGAAAUCGGCGUCGACCUCAGCCACGUCACCCGUUUGGGAGGCCAUUCAUUCGCUCGCACACAUCGCGGCGCGGGCAGCACACCACCAGGCCGAGCAAUCGUCACAGCAUUGCUCAAACAAAUCCAAGAAAGCAAACUCGCCACCAUCGAAACAAACACCAACGUCACCUCCGUGAUCCGAAGAGGUACCGACGGCGUUGUCGUCGGGGUCGAAGUCGAACACAAACAUGACCCCUCCUCCUCUGGCGUGCCAGCACCACCCAACAAAAACAAAGAACUUGUCAGCGGGCCCGUGAUCUUCGCAGCUGGCGGAUUCGCCGGCGACAAUCGAGGCCUACUACACCUCUACCGACCCGACCUCGCCACCCUACCCAGCACCAACGACGCCAUGCCCGGCUCAGCCCGCCUGCUCCGCCAAAUCGGCGCCCAACUUCGCGAUAUGGACCAAGUGCAAAUCCACCCCACCGGGUUCGUCGACCCAGCGGCACGCUUCCGCCCCACGAAAUUCCUCGCCGCCGAAGCCCUCCGCGGCGAAGGCGGCAUCUUAAUCUCCAAAUCCGGAAAACGAUUCGUCGACGAACUUCAAACCCGCAAAGUCGUGACGGAACGAGUACAAGACCUCGAAGACGUGGAACCUCAAUCCUCGGAAGAAGCGGACGAAAACACCGUCUUACUUCGACAAUGGGACGUUAAACUCGUUCUCGACCAAACCACCUACGAAUCCGUUCAAAGCCACGUCGAUUUUUACAUGUGGAAAGGUCUGAUGAAGAAAACCACCGUCGGAGAGCUCGAGGCCGAAUUACAACAAGAACGAAGCCACUCAAACACCACGUUUGAAUCCCAUUCAACUACUACUUCUACUACUUCUUCAUACACCCCCUUACUCAAUACCCUGAAAUCAUACUCGUCAAUCGCAUCACAAGAAACCCCCGAUCCGCUUGGACGCACGACCUUUGGAAACUGGACACUCAGGAACCCAGACGCUUCGUCGGUCUUGUAUGUUGGUACAGUGACACCAGUCGUGCAUUACACCAUGGGCGGUGUGGCCUUUAAUUCCGAUGCCGAGGUUUUGGAUGAGAAACAACGCCCGAUUCAGGGCUUGUGGGCCGCAGGCGAGAUUACAGGUGGCUUACAUGGUGGAAAUCGGUUGGGUGGUAGUUCGUUGUUGGAGUGUGUGGUCUUUGGACGCGCCGCGGGUGAUAGUGUCAGGAGGUGGAUUGCAAGGAGGAAUUGGUUGAUUGCGGGCGCCGAGGAUACCACGAGGUUGGGACAUUAUGAAAGUCCGGCUUAGAGAGUUUAGCUGGCUAGGGCUCCGUGUUGGUAUGUGUUCGGCCUUGAUGGGACCAUCAUGGCAUGGCAUGGCAUGGCAUGGCGUGAGCCCGAAGACAAGUGAAAAGCAAACCCCGUACUCAGAGAGGGGAUGGAUGGAUGGAUGGAAGAAAUUGGUCUCAUGAGGAUGGAUGUCCUGUGAUGCUGCUGCUGAUGAUGCUGAUGAUCAUGGUCUAAACAUGUGUGUAUAAAGACCUGUCUGUGGGAUGUCUUGGAUGUUUUUCGGCGUCUCCAGGCAUCGAGGUUUCGAUUGGGAUUUUUACCUCCCUCCAGGCCUGGCGUUUAUCUUUAUUGUUGAUAUAAAUCAAGUAUGAAACAUUGGUUGAUCUAAAUAAGAGAAG